AUGGCCUUCGCCUUUGGAAACCAGUCCGGCGCGGCUGGCGGAGCUACAGAGGGUCCUGCUCUCGAGGUUAUCCAGACAGAGGGCCUCGGCUUCCUUGCGAUUAACGGCGAGGCCAAAGUCCAACUGACCACGAAAUGGAAUCCUGCUCCUGCCCCGACGGCAUCCCUCCUAAGCGUUGCUUCGCACAAGGGACUCGUAGCCGCAGCAGGUCCUGAUGCCUUUAUAAUCUCCACUACCGAAUCUGUACGAAAGGGCUUCGAGGCGGAACAGCCCGCCGAUGGCGACAUCCGACCCUUCACACCCCAGGCCACCAUCCCUAUGCCCCUUCGCGUCUCGCAGCUUUCCUUUACUGCCGAUGAGAAAUACCUUGUUUUGUCCGCCGAGGAGGGUGGCGGCCUGGCAGUCUAUGAUGUCGAUGCCCUUAGCAACGGCACCACUCAGUCCGCCUUUGAGAUAAGCACCAACGGCGAAGCGCUUCGUUCCCUUAUACCCAACCCGGCACCCGAGUUCGCUCACUUCUGUGCAGUGAUCACCACCAAUGGCAACCUAUACAUGGCCAACUUGAACGAGCGUCAACUUGUUUCGGGAGCCAACGGCCCAACGUUACGGUCCCAGGUCAGCUGUGCGUCAUGGAGUACCCGAGGCAAGCAGCUGGUGGCAGGCAUGGCGGACGGCUCCAUUAUUCAGAUGACUCCGGAUGGUGCUGAGAAGGCGCAUAUUCCCAAGCCCCCCAGUCUGGGAGACUACUAUGUGUCUUCGCUGGUGUGGCUCGAGAAUCAUGUGUUCCUGGUAAUUCAUAACCCUACAAGCGGCCAGGAUCCGUCUGUAUACCACAUUAUCACACGCCAGCAGCAGCCUAACGCGCAAGCCACCUUUACCUACAACAAGAUGACAGACCCUGUCGAACCAUUUGGGGCGGAGAAGGCUCCCCACCAUACAGUACUACGGUUGAAAGACUUCCCUCCGAAUCUUACCGAUCUUCUGCUGGUGUCUUCCACCGCCACCGAGAGCAUUGGCCUCCUUACCCGCUCAAAGACUCCUUUGGCAAGCGACAAACCGGUCGUCAAUGCUUUUACCACAACGGAAUUCGCUGAUGACACCAAACGUGCGCUUCUCCCUAUGAGUGAGGAUAUGACGGAAACCUUCCCUGUUGGUACUUCCCUGGACCUAUCUGCCAAAGACAAGGUAUAUAAGCCCAUCCCCACGGACGAAAUCAACGAGUCCCCAGGUCCUCUGCCCGGCCUCUGGGUACUAAAUAACGACGGUGUCCUCUCGGCUUGGUGGGUGGUUUACAACGAGUCUAUCCGUAACGGAACGACGUACCCUGGUCUUGCUGUCAUGGAUAGCAACAAGCCUGCGCAGCCUGCGCAGCAAGCGCAGCAAGCGCAACCUCAAUCUGCGUUUGGCGCUUCUACUACGACUGCGCCGGCCUUUGGCUCUUCCACUACGGCUGCACCGGCGUUUGGCUCUUCAGCGUUCGGUGUUGCCCCAUCUCUCGGGGCCAAGACGUCCUCUUGGGGCGGCGGCGGUGCGGCAGCCCCGGCAUUCGGCUCCAGCAGCUUUGGAAGUGCUCCGGCUGCUGCUGCUCCGGCUUUCGGCGCCCCAAGCGCGCUUGGGGGCCCAGCGGUGGCUCCUGCUUUUGGCCAGUCGUCCAUGAUCGGAAUGGGAGUCAAGGCGUCUCCAUGGGCCUCUGGUGGUACCAGCACUGGAUCUGCGGGAACUUCAGGUAAGGUCUUUGGCGGCGGUGCUGCCUCAUCAUCCGGUGGGUUUGCCAGCUUUGCGAGUACGCCUACUCCCUUUACGAGUUUUGCAGGGAAGUCGGAAGGCAGCGCAUUCGGUUCCCUCGCCGGUAACAAUUCCGGUGGAAGCAUUUUUGGGUCAAAGCCCGCUGAAUCGAAGAGCAUUGAAGUUUCGAUGGAUUCUGACACAGCGUUCCCUCCUCCUGCUGCGAAACCGGCGGGAGGUUCCACCUUUGGAUCAUCGCCCUUUGUGCUUGGAACUACUUUCAAGGCUGACCCCAAGACUGCCAACGACAACGAGGAGCCUUCGGAGAAGAAGGGUGGAUCUCUGUUCGGCAGUGGAUUCGGUCUGUCACUGAACGAGCCCGCCGCUGCGGAAACUAAGGAUGAGACCAUGGAGAGCGCGGCUCCUACGCCUGUUACCGAGAAGCCCAAGUCGAUCUUCAACGUAGAGUCCACGACACCCGCCGGUACCCCUGCCCCCAACAACAUCUUUGGUGCUCCCAAGCCCCCUGGCAGUGGCUUCUCCAAUGUGUUCGGAGCGCCCAAGACCGAGGAGUCCAAGCCCAAGCCGCUUACCGAUCUGUUUGGAAAGCCCAAGACCGAGGAAAGUGCGGCCAAGCCUAAUCCGUUUGCCGCGCCUCUUAAGUCUGAGACGAAGCCCAACCCGUUCGCGGCGCCCCUUAAGUCGGAGAUGCAGCCCAAAUCGUUCGCGGAGGCUCUUAAGUUGGCGACACCCCCCAAGGUCAAGGAGGAAGACACAGAAGACAAGGAGAACCUGGCCAAUAUCCCGGAGGCACCCCUACCCCCCGAGACUACUAGUAAGACGGACUUCCUUCCAGGUGAAUCAUCAGCAUCUUCAAUAACUGACACACUAGAAACAGCUCCCAAGGUUAAGAGCGAUGAUGCUCCUCUGCCGCCAGAUUUCUUGUCGAGCAAGGCUAAGCCUGCUGGUAAGAAGGCGGAGGAUGCGCCACUGCCUCCUGAUACCCCGGUCAAGACCCAGGAUCUUCCCAAGUUGCCUCAUGUCCCUUGGAGCCCGAGCAAGGAGGAGGAGGAGAGCGAUUUGGAGGAGGGUGAUGUUGAGGAAGAUGAAGAGGAAGAGGAGCAUGAUGAGAAUGAGGAGGAUUAUGAGGAUGAGGAGGACGAAGAGGAGGAGCAUGGCAGUGAGGAAGAUGAGGAGCGGAGCGACGAGGAGGAGGAGGAACACAGCGAUGAGGAUGAUGAGGGCUCGGAGGUGGCCAGUGAGGGUAGCGGUGUCGAUGUCUCUAAGGAACUCGACCAGACGACUACCUCUGUCCACUUCGAAAACGGAAGCCCACGCUACCAGAACCGGAACAUUUUCGGAAACAGCAAGAACAACAUGGGGGCGAGCACAUUCUCUACGAUUUCUCGCUCCGAGGCAGAGCCACAGAGUCGUUCCAUCUUUGGCGAGGCGACCAAGUUCGCGCCCCCCUUGUUCUCCAAGACUUCAGGGCCUUUCGACUCUCCCAGUCCUGUUCGCAGCACACAAGUUGCCCAGCCCAGCCUUCUCAGGCCACAAGAGGGACCCCGAACUACCAGUACCCCCGUCUUCAACAAGAAUCAGCUCUUGGGCGCCAGCACCACCCCCAAGGGCCCCCCACCAGUCGACCCCAACAUGGCCGCCCAGCGCAAGUUCGCCGCCAAGAAGGAGGCCGAAGCCCAAGCGCUCGUCGACCCCGAAGACGAAGGCAUCCAACAACUGCUUGCUGCAGAUGUUGAGCCUACCCUGACCAUGAACGAGUUCCUCGUCGUCGACUCCAAGCUCGAGACCCAUCGUGCCCCCUCGUCCAAACCCUCCUCCGAAGUCCCCGCCGCGGUCGAGACUCUAUGGCGGGACAUCAACCGCAUGGCCGACCGCCUAGGCCUCAACUCGCGCUCUUUGGCGUCAUUCAUUCUUGGUCACACCAAAUUCGCCAAGGAAGGCGGCCGCACCAAAGAAGACCUUGAAACCCCCGAGGACUGGGUCCUCGUCGAAGCUUCAGAGCUGACCAAGCUCAUCGACGGUCAACUGGCUCGGGAGUUGGAAGAAGGCAGGAUCAAGGAUGUGGCAGAGACGCAAGCGACGCUGGAUAAGGUGUCUCGCGAGUUGAGGACCAUGCGUGCCAAGGAGGAGGACAUGCGCAAGCUUUUCGCUGCCCAAACAGACCCAGAACAGAUCGCCACCAUCAAGGCGCAGCCGCUCAGCAGGGAGCAGAGCGUGCAGCAGACGGAGUUGCGCCGAGCGUAUGCCCAGUUUGCGAAGCAACUAGCAGAAGCGGAGGAGGCCCUGGUCUUGUUAAGGACCAAAAUCGCCGCCAGGGCCGCAGAAAAGGGAGCAGUUUCUCUAGCCGGCGGAACCGCAAAGGUACCGACGGUAGAAGCCGUCAUGCGAACCAUCCAAAAAAUGACGACCAUGGCCGAGAAGAGGAGCGGCGACGUGGAUUUGUUGGAGCUGCAGAUCCAGCGACACAAACUCUCUCAAUCCCAAUCCCGCGAGGCGUCAUCAGAAAGCAGGGAGGGAACUCCCACGCCCAACCCACUCAAGGCCAGCACAACAGCAAGCUUGAGAAGCUCGACGACGUUUACACCUAGAGACUCGGUCAGGAGCGUGUCGUCACACUCACAAUCACCUGGCGCUUUCUCCGCGUCGGUCAGGAGCAGGAGCAGCACCAUGACGCCGGGAACUAGUGCCGUCCCUAGCCCAAGCCCGAGGAAGAAGGUAUCUAUGUUUACGGAAGAGGAGAGGAAGGAGAUCAGGGCGAGGGAGGCGAGGAGGAAGGGUAAACUGGCGCUGUUGAGGAAGGCGUUGGAGAAGCAGGGACCGAGGGUGGAGAGGCUGGGUGAUGAUGAUUGA